AUGGAGGAUGCUCCUGGCGCUGAUGCCUUGGCGAAAGCCAAGAAGUUCGACUUGGAGGCCAUCAUCAAACAGCGCGUUUGGGAUGAAGCCUUCGAUGAUGUGGUUCGGAAAGCUCAGUUGCCGCCCUCCCAACGGGCGCAGACGGGGGAAGAGGAGGCCGUGGAGACGUUGAACUUCGAGAAGAGCCGUGUGGGCUUGGGCGACAUCUACGCCAAGCAGUAUGAGGCAGAGAUGCUCGGCCACCAAACCGACGCGGAGAAAGCGGAAGAUAAGGAGAAAGCGGAGCUCAAAGAGCUUUUCGCCAGAGUCAUGUUUAAGUUGGAUCAGCUCUCCAAUGCGCACUUCACGCUCGUGUCCUCAGCUGAUGGAAGCUCGUGUCCUUCAAUUGGAUUCUCUAUAUAG